AUGCAGCAGCCCACCCUCACCAACAUCCGCAUCCGCUCCACCCGCGAUGCCCUCCAGAUUUUCUAUGCCGUCGCCCGCAACGUCCUCCCCAUGACCACCAGGCGCCUCGACGCCGAGGAGCGCAGAGCCAUCGCGUCCGGCUCCGUGUACAUCUGGGAAGAGCGCUGUGCCAACUCCGAGGCCACCGGCAUGGGCAUGGAGCGGUGGACGGACGGCAUGGGCUGGGGCCCCAGCCGCGUACGCGACGAAUUUUUGUUCUACCACCAGCGGGAGAACGACGUGCACGACGACCCGAACAACCCCUCCGCCCGCUGGGCGAGCAUGAUGCGAAGACGGGACGCGCGGGGGAACCUUCCCUUCUCCCGUACGGACGCCGAGCGACUGAUCAAGCAGACGUACAGCGUGCACGUCUCCCUGCCGGACGACCGGCCGCGGGGGCUCACCCGGAAAUGGCACCUGACGGCGUACUUCAGCCAGACGACGAUCGACAGCCUCGGGACGAUAGACGACAUCCCCCGGGUGGGCGACGUGGUCGUGCCCGAGGGCUGGUUCAAGAGCGCACGGGCGAACAAGGCGAACAAGCGCAUGGACGCCCCGCCCAUCGAGGACGUCGGUCCGACGACGCACGAGCCGUGGGGCGUGACGAUGACGCCGCAAGCCACGCACGCCCUCCCGCACUACCCCGUUGACGCAACGCCCAAAUGGUCCCACCCGUCGCCACGGCUGUCGCACUCACCGCAGAACGCAGCGGGCCCCUACGCCGUCCGCUCCAAUACCUACCCGCCCGUCCCCCACCCAUACGAGUCCCCAAGGCACCCCGCGCACUCGCUCCCGCCAACGACGAGCCAAUACCCGCAGGGCGCACCAGUGCCUUUGCCGAACCUGCACGAUACCGGGCUGAACAUGUACCGCGACCCCUCGCCAUACACGCAGUCGUCGUCAUCGUCCUCCGAUCCCGGCCUCUCCCCGCGCCCGUUCUCGUCGCCGCUGACGCCGCCCUCGAACGUGUCCCUGCCGCUCUCGAUGAAGGCCGAAAAGGCCGCGCCGCAGCUCGUCCCGCUCGCGUAUCUGCAGGGCCUGCAGCAGCGGCCGCGCGACCCGAUGGACGAGCUGUACCUCAAGCGCUUCUCCUCGCCCGACAUCGCGCAGGACUCGCACCGGCACUCGUGGACGAGCUCGGUGGGCGGCCGCAGCCCGCUGUACGACCGCUUCGCCGAGGACGAGGCGAAGCCCGCGUUCGUGCAGAGCGCCGCGCGCUGGUGA